AUGAGUUAUCAUUAAGAAAAAUUGGUUCUCCACAAAAAAUAAAUAGAGGAUACAAUUUGUAUUAAGUAAAUAUAAUAUUUAGGUAUAAUAUUAAGUAAUUAUAAGAAAUAAAGUAAUCAAAUAAUAUAAAAUCUAUUGGUGAUAGUUGACAAAUUUUAGUAAAUAAUAUUAAAAAAAAACAUAACCUAACAUACCUAACCUUUUGUCUACAAAUUAAAAAUAAGAAGAUAGAUGAAACUUAUUUUUGUAGAUUUUGCCUUUUUUAAAAGGAAGUAAUAUGCAAAAUAACUCUAAUAAUGUUUAAUACUCGCGUUACUGAUUUCCUCUGUUUAUUCAUAGGGGAUUUUUAACUAGUAGAUAUUCUUCUAUCAAAAUUAAAAUGUAUAAUACAAAGAUUUGAGGCCAAAUUAGAGUUAUCAAAAUUUUCCUACAAUAGGUUAAACGUUAAGUGCAUCUGAUAAUUUAUUUUUUAGAUAAGCAAUAGAUUUUAGUAAAGUAUAAGGAGUAUAUAUUGAAUUUCUAUAUAAUAUUACCUAAUUACCAACAACUAUACCUACUACUAAUUUAGAUGAUUAUUCAGCUAUUUGUGCAUUAUCACUAAAUUAAAAUAGUCCUUUUCUUAAAGUUAUAUAGAAUGGAUAUCAGCCAGUAAAUACUUUAGUAGACCAUAUUAGUUUUAACAAUAAAAAAAAUUCAUAAUAAUCUUGUAAAUUUUUAAUAAAUUUGAAUUAAGUUUAAAAUGCCUACAGUGGUAUGAUAAACUUAGGAAUUAAUUUUUUAAACUUUGCUUUUUAUUUGCCUGCUUUACCUGCAAACGCAAGCGUCACUUUAAAAAGCUACUAAGAAUACGCUCCAUAUAAAUAUAAUUGCCAAAAUAUGUGCUUCUAAUAACUCUAGCAAGGUCAGUGUGAUACAUCAAAUGGGAGCUGCUGA